AUGGCGGCCACCACUACUACCAUCCUUCUCCUCCUCGUCGCCGCCACCGCCGCCUCGGCGGCCGACCUCUCCGUGUACCACAACGUGCACCCGCCGUCCCCGUCCCCGCUCGAGUCCAUCAUCGCGCUCGCCCGCACCGACGACGCGCGGCUCCUCUUCCUCUCGUCCAAGGCGGCCUCGUCCGGCGGCGUCACCUCCGCUCCCGUCGCCUCCGGGCAGACUCCGCCCUCGUACGUCGUCCGCGCGGGGCUCGGUACCCCAGUGCAGCAGCUCCUCCUGGCGCUCGACACCAGCGCCGACGCCACCUGGUCGCACUGCGCCCCGUGCGACACGUGCCCUGCCGGCAGCCGCUUCAUCCCGGCAAGCUCCUCCUCGUACGCCUCUCUCCCGUGCGCCUCCGACUGGUGCCCGCUCUUCGACGGCCAGCCGUGCCCAGCGAGCCAGGACGCGUCGGCGCCGCUGCCUACGUGCGCCUUCUCCAAGCCGUUCGCGGACACCGCGUUCCAGGCGUCGCUGGGCAGCGACACGCUGCGGCUGGGCAAGGACGCCAUCGCCAGCUACGCGUUCGGGUGCGUGGGCGCGGUGACCGGGCCGACGACGAACCUGCCGAAGCAGGGGCUCCUCGGCCUCGGCCGGGGCCCCAUGUCGCUGCUGUCACAGACCGGGAGCAGGUACAACGGCGUCUUCUCCUACUGCCUGCCGAGCUACAGGUCGUACUACUUCUCCGGCUCCCUCCGGCUGGGCGCCGCCGGGCAGCCCAGGAACGUCCGGUACACGCCGCUGCUGACCAACCCGCACCGGCCGUCGCUGUACUACGUGAACGUGACGGGGCUCAGCGUGGGGCGGACCCUGGUGAAGGUCCCCGCGGGGUCGUUCGCGUUCGACCCAGCCACCGGCGCCGGCACGGUGAUCGACUCGGGGACGGUGAUCACGCGGUGGACGGCGCCCGUGUACGCGGCGCUGAGCGAGGAGUUCCGGCGGCAGGUGGCGGCGCCGAGCGGGUACACGUCGCUGGGUGCCUUCGACACCUGCUUCAACACGGACGAGGUGGCGGCGGGCGGCGCGCCGGCCGUGACGCUGCACAUGGAUGGCGGCGUGGACCUGACGCUGCCGAUGGAGAACACGCUGAUCCACAGCAGCGCCACGCCGCUGGCGUGCCUGGCCAUGGCCGAGGCGCCGCAGAACGUGAACGCCGUCGUCAACGUGGUGGCCAACCUGCAGCAGCAGAACGUCAGGGUCGUCGUCGACGUCGCCGGCUCGCGCGUCGGAUUCGCGAGGGAGCCCUGCAACUGA